UGUUUGGAUUGAGAGGAUACCUGGUAGGAGCUCUCCUGCCUAUCAGAAGCAUCAAAGUUAUGCCACAGAUAAGAUGCCCAGAAAAUCAAUACCUGCCAAAGAUUUCUAAGCAUGUGAUCUGCUGAAAGCUGAAGUCAGGAAGAGUUGGGGCUGUGAGACCUUGACUCCACACAACUCUACCUGCAGAUUCACCAUCUCCUUUAGGCCAGCAUCAGCACUUUUAUGAUCCUGAGCGCCAUCACUGAUGCUCGGCUUUGACUAAUAUAUGCACAGCAAUUGAUCUGAUGCAACCUUGGGAUUUGCACGUAAUGCAUCCUGCUCUGCUGUUUGAGGAGGAGGACAGCCUGCUGACUGCCGCUGUUCAGCUCUGCUGCCACUGUUCUACCUCUUCAAGGCCUUCAGAGUCUGGCUCCAGCUCUGGACCCCCACACUCUAAUAGGUUGGAGCUGCUGGAAGAAGAGACCUCCCUCUUCUGCAGUGGGAGAGCAGGAGAGCAGCAUCAGAUGUUAGCAGAUACAGGAAAGUGAGGGAGGAGGAGGAGGAGGGAGCUGAUCAGACUCCCCAGGACCAGGAGACAAUCUGGACUAGGCGUUGCCAGCUGAUCUGUGUUACAGACCUACGUCAGCACCACUUACCUGGAAAAUGCAUGGACCCUGCCUCUCCCCUAGGGCUGUGCCACAUCUGCUUCCGGCAUUGUCUGCAACUGAGAAGUGGGAGGCAGAGGUCUAGAAAAUGAGUCCUGUGCUCGUGGAAAGUAGAAUCUCGAGGAAGCAAUCAGUGGGAUUGUGAAUGAAGAUUUCUCAACCUUAUCCCCAAGAAGAAGAGCAAGCCAUCUGCCUGCUACCUUGGUUUUGAAUAGGUGUUUCUUGGCAGUGAAAGAAAAGGGAGAUAUAUUAAGUGCUGAAUUUCUGACAACACAAAGCAGAAUCCCUUAAGGAGAGGUACCCUUCCGCAUGGCCUAUAAAAGCCAAGCUGGUGGAAUUGAGAAAAACAGUUCACUUUCCUCCAUCUUCUAUUGUAAGAGUGAUUUAAAUGAAGGAUCCCUUCAGUGGACGAAAGAACCCCCCAAUGGCCAGGUCCUCAUGGUACUCAGCGUGGACAAUAACUGCUCGGCCACCUCUUUUGACAUGGAGCUUUGUGCAGAGAAACUGAAGUCUUUUGGGGUCCAGGUGGCAGUGGAUCCAUGGAGAAAGUUAAUUCAGGAUGCUGUCCUGAAGCCCAAAGUGAGACGGUACAUGUUCUACAACUCCAGGGCGUUCCAAAUAGCCAUUGCUGUGAUUUUCUACAUAUCUCUCUGGACAAAUAUUUACUCCACAGUACAGCUGUAUUCCUUCAGACGCUAUUGGGAGGCCAGCGUGCUGGUGACUGUAGCUGCUGUAGCAGUUACGGUAGUUGUGAUAUUGAUUAUCAAUCGACGCCAAAGGAAGAUAAAUGUGAAUACAGAUGUGAGGCUCGCAGCUGUCAAUGAAAUCUUUAUCAAACACAGCUUAAUUCUGGGGAUUACAGAUGUCCUGGAUGGGCCACACAAUGCCCUACAACUGUGGUUUGUGCACUUCAACCCAGAGCGGUGCCUCCAGUCCUUAUCAGCCCACCUCGCAGACCUGCGGAGGAAGCGAGAGUCGGACCUGCGGCACAGCCUGGACCAGCUCUGUGUUGUUAUGGAGACAGCAGUUCAGCCUGAUCCUGGAAAAGUAGAGCAGGUCUCAUCUGAAGAAUCCCCUCUUUUAUCCAAUGGGGUGAACUUGAAAGAGCCUAUGACAUGCAAUGAAUUGCUCUGCCUUAUUCCAGAGGGCCCACCAGAGGUGAUGGCCCAGCAGCUGCUGGUGAUCUUCAGUGGCUGCUACGUCCGGCUCCUGGUCAGCGGUCAGCUCCCUCAGGCCAUGGCAGCAGGGCACAUGGAGCACAGGAAAGUGCCUUGUCUGUGCCAGUUCAUAGAGACCAGUGCGCUCAACACCAGGCAGUGCUGGUUCACAGGCAGGUGACUGGAGGAGGCUGGAGAACGCUGAAACAAAAACUGUCCAUAUACAAUGGUGUAAAGAAGCCAUGGGGCAGAGAACGAGUCAGCUGUAAACGAUCACCUUGGAAUUAUGUGGAUGAAUGAGUGGAAAAAUGACUCUAAUAAAACAUUGAAAUUACUCAUCAGAAAGCUGCUUACCUCUGAAACCUUCUAUCCUGUCCACAGGUUAAAUCUCUAGCUCUGAAGAAACUGCUUUAGGCUUCAAAAACAAUCUCAUGUUAGCUUGGAGCUCCACGUGGGUAAAUUGCCACUGCUUUUACCUGUGCCAUAGAGAGCAGUGAGGAAUACCUUCAAAUUGGUUGCCCGGAGAGGUAGUGGAGUCUCCUUCGCUGGAGAUAUUCAAAACCUGUCUGGAUGCGAUCCUGUGCAAUGUG